AGUGAUCCGGGCCAAGGUGGUGGGGAAGAAGCUGGUGAAGGAGGGGCCCUUUGGCACGCUGGUCUACACCAUCAAGCAGAUGAAGAUGUACCGAGGCUUCACCAAAAUGCCCCACGUGCAGUACAUCCACACGGAAGCAUCCGAAAGUCUCUGUGGCCUUAAACUGGAGGUCAACAAGUACCAGUACCUGCUGACAGGCCGUGUCUAUGAUGGCAAGAUGUACACAGGGCUCUGCAACUUUGUGGAGAGGUGGGACCAGCUCACCCUCUCCCAGCGCAAGGGGCUGAACUAUCGGUAUCACCUGGGUUGUAACUGCAAGAUCAAGUCCUGCUAUUACCUUCCUUGCUUUGUGACCUCCAAGAACGAGUGUCUCUGGACCGACAUGCUCUCCAAUUUCGGCUACCCCGGCUACCAGUCCAAACACUAUGCCUGCAUCCGGCAGAAGGGCGGCUACUGCAGUUGGUACCGAGGAUGGGCCCCCCCGGACAAAAGCAUCAUCAAUGCCACAGACCCCUGAGCACCAGACCCUGCCCCACCUCACUUCCCUCCCUUCCCGCUGAGCUUCCCUCGGACACUAACUCUUCCCAGAUGAUGACAAUGAAAUUAGUGCCUGUCUUCUCGCAAAUUUAGCACUUCGAACACUUAAAGAAAAGUCUAUGCUGUCAUAUGGGGUUUAUUUGGAACUAUCCUCCUGGCCCCACCCCACCCCUUCUUUUUGGUUUUGACAUCACCCAUUUCCACCUGGGAAUUUCUGGUGCCAUGCCAGAAAGAAUGAGGAAUGUCUACUCCUCUUCUUCGUGAUAAUAUAAUCUCUAUUUUUUUAGGAAAACAAAAAUUGAAAAACUAUCCCCCUUCAGGCAUUGUAAUACCGACCGACCCCUCUUUCUUCCUCCCCACCUCACCAUCUGCCGGACCCUCCUCCCUUCCCUCUUCUCCUCUACUCCAGUACAUAAAGGACACAGACAAGGAAGUUGCCGAAAGGCCAUCGGUUUCAGGCUGAGUCGAGGGCAGCAGGCAGGUAGACUCAAGGUGUGUGAGAGAGAGAUCUCACACACCGAGGAGCUGCUACUGCAGGUCUCUGCCGGGCUGUGUCUACACAUAAGACGGAGGGAGGGAGGGAAGAACCUACAAGAGAGAGUCGGAGAGGAUGCAGCACACACACAGUUCCCCCAGCCCAGGGAUGCUUGGGUUGACCAGAUAUCUCUGAGUCUGGAGCACACAGCUAGGUCAGAAUAACAGAGCUUCCUUAGUUGGUGAAGACUUGAACAUCUGCCUGAGGUCGGGAGGCACUUUGCCUGCCUUGUACAAAAGCUCAGGUGAAAGGCCUGGGAUGAAUGUCUUUCCUCUCCCCGCCUCCCACAAGAUUUCCUCCUGGAAAACUCUUUGGUAGAUGUGCUCAGGAGCUUGCCUUUGUGUAAAUUGGAGAAAUAAACACACCCUACACUAUCCACAGAUAUAGCCAAGUAGAUUUGGGUAGAGAAUACUAUUUCCAGAGUAGUGUUUAGCUCACCUAGGGGGAAUACAUUUGUAUACACAUUUGCAUAUACCCACACGGGGACAUAAGCUAAUUUUUUUUACAGGACACAGAAUUCUGUUCAAUGCUGUUAAAUACGCCAAUAGUUUAAUCUCUUCUAUUUUGUUGUCAUUGCUUGUUUGAAGAAAAUUAUGACAUUCCAAGUUGGUAUUUUUUUUUUCAUUUUCAUUAAAAUUUGAAAUUCUGAACACCCUCAUUUCCCUGUCCCCCCCCCCCAUUGCUGGGAUCGUCUGACUUCCAUCCCUCUUCCUUUCUCCUGCUUCAUGUUGGGGGCCUUAUGUUCAACUGUCUUAUUGACUUGACUCCAACGGCAGAUGACAAUUAGUAUGGUCAGGGGCCUGGGCCCAGGCGGUAAGGCUGCAGAGUGUCCUGCCUUGGCUAGAUGACCACCUCUCCCAGGUUUGGAGACAGCUUUUCCCCCUGUCCCCAGCUCACUGGUGGGUGAAUGCCACCUCCUGGGGUCCUCAUCUUGUGGAAUUACAAUUGUUGACCACUGGGGAAGCCUGACUCUGCAAUCAGCUGUAGGGUUUUUAUUGUGUUUUUUGAAAUAAAACUAUAAUAUAAAUUGUCCUAUUAAAUAAAAUUAUUUUAAGUUUUAGUGUCAAAAGUGAGAUGUCGAGAGUAGGUGGUAAUGUAUAUUGUACAGAGUUGGGGAUGAUAGGAUGGUGACAUUUAACGUGAUUGGUCUCUGUCUCUUUUUUCAGAUUAUGGGUAUUUAUCUUCUCUUAGUAUUUGUAUCUUCAGUUCAUUCCACUUUAGGAAACAGAGCUGCCAACUGAAACAGGAGAAGAAAAAAAAAAAAAAGAAGAAGAAGAAGCAGACAACCCAUUGUAGUGUCUUGUACAUACACACACACAAAUGCCCAGGCACAGUGUUUGGCAGAAUUCCAGAGCGGGAGGAGAGUGCAGGUGUCAGGUUUCCUUGGAAUCGAUUUCAUGACCUUGUACCUUUCCCCUUGUGGUCGUGCCAUUUGGUGGGGUAGGAGUGUGGGGGUGGGGGUGGGAGACUUGGCCCUCUCCAUGGAGCAGUGUAAGCAGAUGAACUGAGGUCAGCAGGCCAAUGGUUUUUAAGGGAUGAGCCCAGGCUUGGUGUUUUGGGAUUAUCUUGAUUUCAACCUCAGAGUCCUGCAUGGUGGGGCCCCUGACCAACCCACACAAGUGCCCUUGCACAAGUGGUCAUCUGUCUCCUCUGGGAGGCAUCUGGCCAUUCUUGGUCCCUGGUGUGGUCACCCCACUUACACAAGGACGGCCUCGGGGUGAAGCCUGAGCAGGAGGCACCUGCAGUUUUGCUGCAGGGUAGCUGAACAAGCAGGGCCACAGACCCAUCGGGUAGGCCUUGGUGAGAAGGCCCUGGGCACAGAAGGGUCUUUUGCAAAACCAUGUUGUCAGAGGGCGGUUUUGAGCUUUCUAUAAGCUAUAGCUUUGUUUAUUUCACCCGUUCACUUACUGUAUAAUUUAAAGUCAUUUAUGUAGCUGAGACACUUCUGUAUUUCAAUCAUAUCAUGAACGUUUUAUUUUGCUAAAUCUUGUGUCAUGUGUAGGCUAUAAUAUGUGUACAUUGUGUUUAAGAGAAAAAAGAAAUGAAACCCACAUGCCACCAUUUUCCUGAAUCAAAUUCUACAAUGGAAUGGAGAGUAAAAUACUUCUACUGGGCAGGCAGCCGGGUUGGCAAAUGGGGGGAACUAGAAGGAGCUAGUAACUGAGACUCCUCCAGCCAUCCCUGAGGGGAAUCCCAGUGAUUCCUGGAACAGGGAAGAAAAUAGAAAACACACACGUGUCCUCGUUCUGUGUCACUGGCCACUUACUUCCUCCCAAGUCCCUUUGCCCAUCUAAUUGGGAAGCCAUGAUUGCCCCUAAAAAUUCAGAGCCAUGAGAGAGCUAUGAUUCCAGCUUGCUCUGCCUCCUUUGGGCAUCUCUUCUGCCUUCCAAUCACAGGAGCCCACGCCCAGGCUCUCGCCUCUCAGUCCAGUGCUCCAAUCUGGCCAGGGUUGUGAUAAAUACCAGGAGGUUCCUGACUUCCUCUCUCCCCUGUACAGCUGGUGGUUCAGCUGUACAGCCCAUGAACACCCAUUUCAUGCCAUGGUUCCUGAACAAUUAAAUACAUGACUUAUGGGAACAGCUAGGAGACACUGCGGCUCCUGGGGGACGCCACCUUCCCUGCUCCAGCCCUUCAUCCUAUUCAUGAAUUUCCACAGUGUGGAUUGCCCCAAGAUGGCACCCAAGUGUUUGACUCCUGGCCACUAAAGUAAAAGUAUCACUAGAAUACGAGAGAAACAUGACAAUCUGAUGGCAAGAGCAAAACAAAGCAGGGGAACGUAGGGGAGGUGCGUAUCAUAUCAACAACUUCCAAAGGGACUCUUUGGAGGUGAGAGGCAGGGAGAGGCUCCAGGAAUGCUUCAUGCUCUGGAGUUAGAGGCUCCUUAGACGCCCCUGUGCUCCCGUCUUCCCCUUUAGCCGGCCUGCUGUCCUGAAGCCCAGAAGUGAUGGAGAGAAACCAACCAGAGAAAACCCUGCUCAGAAGGAAUGUAUUUGUUGCUAAAUUUUGUAGCACUGUUUACAGUUUUCCUCCAUGUUAUUUAUGAAUUUUAUAUUCCGUGAAUGUAUAUUGUCUUGUAAUGUUGCAUAAUGUUCACUUUUUAUAGUGUGUCCUUUAUUCUAAACAGUAAAGUGGUUUUAUUUCUAUCACA